CGCUUGUUUCCUACCGGCAACAUAUUGGCGCUGCACCGUCCUUCACUUUGCUGUGGGGUUGAUGUUUGAGAUUAGAAUUAGAUGGUCACUGCUGUGGAUGGAGCUGUCUUGACAUGCAAACUCCAGUAGGUUUUGAGGGGGUAAAAUUUAAACAUGCUGUCAGAGCUGUUUACCUUCACCAAACACCCUCUACGGAGGACCUUUCUUCACUGGAAAGCAAGUUACUCCAAAAAGAUUCACCCUUUAUAUCCAGGAUGGUGGUCACUGGGAAUUCUAGUUCAGAAAAGCGCUUACAGAUGGACUACUGCACCAUCCUCAAGGACAAAUACCAGGCCUGUCUUUACUAGAGCUCCUGGGUUUGGGGAAACGCUUGCAAUCGUAGACAGCAGUGGGAGUCACAGCUACAAGCAGCUGUACUGCAGCAGCUUAAGUCUUGCCAGUAGAAUCAGUGCAGCAUUAAAUUCUGGCUUUGGGUGUCUUGAUGGAAGACGAAUAUCCUUCCUGUGUCCAAAUGAUGCUUCCUACGUAGUGGCACAGUGGGCAGCCUGGAUGAGUGGCGGCACAGCGGUACCACUUUACCGAAAACACCCUCUUUCAGAACUGGAGUACAUCAUCACUGAUUCCCAGAGUUCACUGCUGGUGGCAGCACGUCCUUAUGCAGAGACCCUUGAACCGCUGGCACAGAAGCUGGGGCUUCCAUGUCUAACGCUCCCUCCUACAUCGGACCUGGACACUGUAGAUGACAUUGGUACACCUUCAAGAGAAGAGGAGAACGCUAACACGGACUGGGCUGAUCGACCGGCUAUGAUCAUCUACACCAGUGGCACCACGGGCCGUCCCAAAGGGGUUCUGCAUACACACAGCAGCAUCCAAGCAAUGGUCCAGUGUUUGGUUUCUGAGUGGGCGUGGUCUAAAGAUGAUGUCAUCCUCCACACCUUGCCACUCCACCACGUUCACGGCGUCGUUAACAAGCUGCUGUGCCCCCUGUGGGUGGGAGCCACCUGCGUCAUGCUUCCUGAAUUCCAGCCUCAGAAGGUGUGGGAGAUGCUCCUCAGCUUCAAGGCUCCAGUGGUUAAUGUGUUCAUGGCCGUGCCAACUAUUUACUCAAAGCUCAUCCAGUACUAUGAUCAGCACUUCACACAGCCUCAUGUCAAGGAUUUUGUCAAAGCAGUUUGCAAGGAGAGAAUCAGAUUGAUGGUUUCAGGCUCAGCUGCUCUGCCUCUGCCCACCCUGCAGCGCUGGGAGGAGAUCACAGGACACAUGCUGCUGGAACGCUACGGCAUGACCGAGAUCGGCAUGGCACUGUCCAACCCUCUGAAGGGCCCAAGGAUCGCAGGAGCUGUUGGGCUGCCUCUUCCAGACGUAGAGGUUCGAAUUGUCAUGAAUAACACAACCAACACUGUGAUUGCUGAAGGAAAUCACAAAGAGACUCAGGUACGUCCAGGUCUUGAGGGUAAAGAGGGCGAGCUGCUGGUGCGAGGUCCGACUGUUUUUAAGGAGUACUGGAACCGACCUCAGGAGACCAGAGAGGCUUUUACUGAUGAUGGCUGGUUCAAAACGGGAGACACAACAGUCUAUAAAGAUGGCGUCUACUGGAUCUUGGGCCGCAGCAGCGUCGACAUCAUCAAGAGUGGUGGCUAUAAGAUCAGCGCCCUCGAAGUGGAGCGACACCUACUGGCUCAUCCAGACAUCGUUGAUGUGGCUGUGAUUGGCGCUAAAGAUGCUACGUGGGGUCAAAAGGUCACGGCCGUGGUGCAGCUGCAGAAAGGCCGGCGUUUAACUCUACCAGAAUUAAAGACCUGGGCAAGGCAGCACAUGGCGCCCUACAUCAUCCCGACAGGCCUGGUCUUGGUGGAGGAAAUGCCGAGGAAUCAGAUGGGGAAAGUCAACAAGAAGGACCUCCUGCGACACUUUUUUCCGUGACUGGACGUCUUUGAUGUUUGUGAAAGUGAAACUUGUUUCUUCAAGUACACAUCUCUUCCAGGAUAUUCCUUCCAGAUCAGACAGACGUUUCACAAUAAUGUAGUGAAAGGAAACAGAACAAUGGUUAAUAUUCACUGGAAACCAACUCACCAAAACUGCCAUAGAGACAAAUCUGGUCUUGUUUCUCCCAACUAUUACAGUUGGUGUUUAAAAGACUUUGAUGAAGCAGAAUAAAGUCGCUCCAUGAUGAGGGCAGUGUGUUAAAAAUUGGUUUGCAAUUUGGAAAGAAAGAAGAAGUAUUCAAAUCUGUUUCCAAAAAUGUGUGUUAUGUGACAAAAGGUUUUAAAAAAUACUUUGUGUAUUCUCUUCCUUGACUUGAAAUGUUUGCUAAUUCUCUAAACUGGUUCUGAAAAGGAUGGACUUUUUGCUAAAGCCUAAGCAAGCAGUUUCAUUCUUUAACUUUUUCACAUUUUGUGAAACACAAACAUAUUUAAUUGGAAUAUGGUGAGUGAGCGCCAUUCUCCAUUUGCUCUGACAUUUUAGGUGAAGACAUGUUUGAACAUCCAGAUAUUGUUUUCUAACCUAACUCUGCUUUAAAUUUCACAACUUUCUCCUGCUGUGUUCCUUGGUCUUCAUGAUGAUGGUUGUUCACUAAUGUCAGGCCUCACUUUUGAGAUUUUCCCUCCACUUCUACUGGAUCUAGACCCCAUUAAAAUACAUUGAAGUUUGUAGUUAUAAUGUGCCAACAUGUGAAAAAGUUAAUGAAAUAUGAAAACCUUUCCAAGUGGUUUAAUUUAAGCAGAAGCUACAUUGUUAAUUUUUAACACAUUACCUUUCCAUCAUAGAUUUAUUCAAUAACAUAAACCCCUAUAAAUCUUUAGUAUUUACACAGGACAUUUUGCAUUGGAUUCAUAACACAUGGCAGCGUGAAACUUUAUAGGAUCAACUUUUGGGAUUUAAGUUUUAUGUAGAAAAAAAUAGUUUUGCAAUGGGCUUUACUUGCAAUAUCUCUUUAAAAAAAACAAAUGAUUAAUUUAAUGUAAAGGAAAAAAGUUCAGAAGAAAUGAAUGACGGCAGUCGGCACUAUUGUAGGAUUCGCUGCUCCUGAAGCCAUCAUGGUUUUAUCAAGAUGAUAUGGUGCUACACACGAAUAAAUUAACAACAGAUAAUCUUGUUCUAAAUUAGAGAAAACUACUUUGUCUUUGUAAAAAAAAAAAAAAAAA